AGACAGGUGAACAAAGACUCCAUCAGCCAAGCAGAGAAUUAUGUUUUUUGUUACAACGCAUUAUAUCAUUUCGUUUUAAACAAUAUGAAGUAAUUUAGGUUGGCGACGUCCCGUAUGGAGCAUGUGGUAAUUCCGAGCGCGAUAACAUUUAACCUACGGGAAAACCCGCGAUAAAAUCUAUUUUUGUUUAUGAAUUCCUCUAUCAGCCGACUAUAUAAGAGUCUUCCAGUAGGACGUAGUAUUAUUGCGAUUCGAGACGAAGAAGUGAUAUCUUACUCUCUCUAAAAAUGGGUUCUGAUAAAUUGAACGACAUAUUCGGUUCAGAUCCUACCAGAAGAAACUGUACGAUAUUCCAUUCGAUUGCUGACUCUGACUGUGACGAUAUUCUUGAUAGAAUAUUUAACAAUUCUGAAGAUAAAGCUUUUCAGCACAUACUAAAACUCAAGAAUAACGACGGAAAAACGUGUCUCCAUAAAGUCGUAAGAUCCCGAAGUGGAAGUGAUGCUGACGAGAUGAUAUCGUUGAUGAAAGCUAUGGGAGCAGACUUGAAUGCCCAGGAUAAUGCAGGAGACACUGUUUUGCAUAAAGCAGUGAAAAAGCGGGACCACGAGCUGGUAAAAGGAUUAGUAGAGAUGUGCGCCGAUAAAAGCAUUAAUAAUAAUGAUGGAUUGACGGCUUAUCAAAUUGCAGAGCAAAUCAAUGAAGAAGAAAUAAUGAAGAUACUUUUAAUUGAAGAAGAUAAUAGUUAUGAGCGUUCAGUGAGCCCGUCUGUUCCGACAAGCUCAAGUGAAAUUAGAGAUUUGAUAUUAAAUUCGAGAGAUUAA